AUGUCAAACCCACCUAAGCACUACAGUGUGGAGUCAUUGCGGACGGUUGGGCUUCUGCCUGCGCAACUGGCCUUGUCCCGUAAGCCACGUCUUCGCCCACACGUAGGUAAUCUCAAGGGUCUUGUUUACCCUCUACCGUAUUACGCAAUGUGGCGUGGUAAUCACAACAAAUACACAUAUAACAAAAGCACUGUGUGUCUAUGGGGAGAAGGCGAUACCCGUUCCAUGUACCAUCAACAUUAUGCUCAUGCAAAGUGCCCGACGGACUACGGGCGUGGUGGAAGAGAAUUUGAAUACCUUACAGUGAAGCGUGGUAAGAUGUUACAGAAACCGCUACCGCGGGUGCAAUACGUGGCGGAAGGGUCCAAGCCGGUGUGGCUCUUCAAGUCGUGGCAUACGCCUCUCAGCUCACCAAGCAUGUGGGAACGAGAGGUUCAGUACGCCGAGCAUACACCAGAGCAUAUUGGUGCCAAGCGGCCGCUUGCAGUAGUCGCACCACGUACAAUGCAUCGCUACCUGUUUCUUAUGCAUAUGGAAAAGGUGACCAUUACUGUAUCCCCUCUGUUGUUUGGUUAUGGUCACACCAUACAGAAAGCUGUGUUGGAUUUCUACCGCCGUGCUAUAAGUGCUCGCUCUCCAUUCCCAAAGGAUAAAGUGUUUCUCUUUUAUGCCAUUGAUCACAUUACACCUCGUAUUGAAGUGACAUGGCUGGAUGGGACGUCAUAUGUUCCACCUGUGUUGGAGGGUGCAAGUUCGCAAGACCUCAUUCAGAUGGUGAUGGAAGAGGCUUGGUUGGCUGCAGAUCGCAUGGCUGCGGAAGGCCGUGUGCUCAAUCCGUUAGCAAUUGACGAUUAUAAGUGGGAUCAGUUGGUUGUGUUUAAAAAGGUACGGGAUAAGGAAGCGAGCAAGGGUGGUGGCAGAAAGAAGUAA